AUGAACUCGCUAGAUAGUAAGGUCACUCAAUACUUGUAUGCGAUAAAUAAACUUCAGUUAUUCAUCAGUUCCUUGAAAAGACUCUCCAGUCGAGAAAACAUCAAGGACCUCCCAUUGUGUCAAUAUCUUGUGUUGUUGACGGGGAAUGUGUUCUCAAUCAAUGAGUCUCUUUUCAACCCUAGGUUAGACAUCAUAUCCCAGUUCAAAUUGUUCAAGAACACCCCAAUAACGAUUUCUUCCACAGUCACUCAUGUGCCCUAUGAUACCCAGGAUUUACAAAUCACAUCAUUGGCAGAAUUGCCCACCGCAGAGAGAGCUAAUAAGGUGUUGAAGUUGUUGGAGUCCCUCUGCUUCAACUGUUUACAGGCGUACCAGAAAAGAUUACAGCAGGCUAAAAUUGAAAGAAGGCCUUCGGACCCGGAAUUUUUCUCCAAGUUGGAAGACAUCAUCAAGAACGAUAUCUUUGACGAAAAGUUGGACUUGGAUUUAGAUCUCACAGACUCAAAGGUGUUGCUUAACUUGCCGCUGAACCCGAAUUUGCUCAACAACGAGGAUUUCAUUGAGGCUACAUUGGUUGACAUGGACAUUAGAAUGUUGUUUGCGGUUAACUCAAGCAUACAAGCGACCGUUGAGAAAUUAAAAGUACAGAUUUCUAAGUAUUUACUUAUCAAAAAACUGGCCCUGCCUGAAAAAUAUUUGGCAUCUAUAGCAGACGACCAGGAUGGCGCCGGUGAAUCGUUCACCAUGCACAGAUUGUGUGCACUUGCCAUCAGAUUGAAUGAGCUCUACAUAAUCUUCAGGAAAAUUGGCCGGAAAGUGUAUUUUUCCAACUAUGACCAUUUAUAUGACUCUAAGUUCCUUUUCCAAUCCAAGAACCAAAACUACUUCAAAAUGCAUUUAUUGAAAGAUAUGGAUGAUGUUUUCAAUACUACUAGAAAAAAUGGAACUUUGAUAGCAACCUUAACUAGAUUCUUCAGACAAGGUGCACAGUACGAAUCUAAUGUUAAGAAUGUAAACGACUUUGUGAAUUUCAUCAACCAGGGGCAAAUGAUGCUCAGUGGAUGCUUGAACAAAGUCGAUGAGUUCAGUCUUAACUGGUUGACUAGUGAAUUGCGAUUCAGAAAAGUUUACGGAUUGCCAAAGAAGAUUUUGACAGACUUAUAUACGCAGCAGACCCAAGCAGAACAUGAAGGUAGUACUCUGGGAGUCAAAAGUAGAGGAACACCAAACGGCAAGACCACUUAUAUAAACGGUAGUGAUUUUGACAUUAAUACGGACUUGAAUAACUUCAAGAUCUCGUCGUCUAGGUCAUCUUCCAUUACCAGUCAGACUUCAAUUCCAUCUAGUAUUACUACACCAUCCAAGCCUCUUGUUAGAAGAACUUCCGUUAAUAGAAACUCAAUGAUUGUAUCUCCGAGCCCAACUUCUAAAAAUCAGACCAAUGGAGUAUCAGUGGGUACUUCUGACUCACCUAUCAGAAAUGGCAACUAUGCAUCACCAAGCAGACCUCAAUCGAUGAUCUUCAUGAACACCAAUUCUUCAUUAUCGUCACUUCCGCUGCAAAAGCCAUCUUUACAACAAAGAUUAAUAGCAGAAGGCAGCAAUCCUUCCAUCACUGUCACUUCUGAUAGUACGCCAACGAUGGCCGGCCGUCGUAGAUCUAAUUCCCAACCCAUUAAACCACUGGAAAACUUGUUAGCAUCAACAUCUACUUCAUCAAAUUCCGCUUCGGCGGCUGCUUCGGGGGCUGCCUCUGCCCUUAGAAACAAUCUAGCCAGGUCACCUUCUGGAUCCAUAAAGAGGAAUGGUUCUGUUUCUAGAUCCUCACCGGUUCCAAAACAAUUGAUUUCUGUGGAAGAGGAAAUAGUGCAACAGGGGCCACCACAAUUGACUGCCAACCAAAGAUUGCAGCAACAUUUGAAACAAGCGGCUAAACAAGGGUCAUUGAUGACACAACAGAAGGAAACUUUCUCCUCUGUGGUUUUCGAUCCAAACAGCCCUUCAUCUAUUAAUUUAAGACCUCAUCCAAAGCCACAAGUGACUGAGAAGAACUCUCCUCCGCCACAAUCAGCUCAAUCUGCUCCUGCUUCGCAACUUCAGGCUUCAGUCAAGACAACUCCACAGCAAGGGUUGGCACCUCCUUCAGCACCUGUCCCUAAAACUAGAGAUCAGGUUACAAGGCUAAAUACUAGAAGAAACAGUGUCAACCAACCCAUUCCUGCACCAACCUUGGGACCCUCUGCAUCAUCUACCUCGUCUAUGUCAACUUUAUCCGAUGCUGCCUCGAAUACGGUAGUUAGCAACAAUAAUUUGUCAAACGAAACCGAAACCUUCAAGAAAGUUAGAUUUACAGGGGUUCCUGACUAUAAUGAAGCUGAGGACGCUCCUACUUCAUAUUCCAGUCGUAUAUUGAAGAAUUUCGCAGCUUUCAAGUCCCCAAUCCCCUCCUCCAAACCCACUUUCAAGCGGAAAGAUCAAAUGUUGAAGAAAGAAGAAAGUAUUAGCUUCAAGUCCCAAUUGCAUAGUCCAAUUCCCCCAGAAAAUGUCACUGGGUUCCAAAUUCCACCUGCCAAUGCAAACCCAAUCUCAGGCACCCGUCUUUCCAAACUCAAGAAUAAGAUAAUAUAA